AUGUCCACAGACAACAAAGAUACGGCUAGUAAAAAGGUCCGAAUACUGGGCGUCUGUGGUGGAAUUGGAUCUGGAAAGAGCAAAGCAUGUGAAUUGCUAGUCUCGGAAUUGGGGUGUGUGGCUCACAUUGAGGCCGACUCGAUUGCUCACAAGGUGUACCAGCCAGGAAGCCAAACCAUCAAGGAUGUUGUCGAACGAUUCGGGACCGAUAUUUUGCAAACAGGAAAACCAAAAGGAGAAGAAGAGAUUGAUCGGAAAAAGCUAGGUGCCAUUGUCUUUAGUGAUCCAGACGCCAUGGCUACACUGGAACGAAUUGUAUGGCCCCAUGUCCGCACUAAAAUACUCGCCAGGAUUGAGGAAAUCAAACAAGAACAACAAAACGAAAGCAAGGGCAAUAAUAAUGACGACAAUCACCAACAACCAGCCACUAUCGUAUUGGAAUCAGCCGUACUCCUGGAUGCGGAAUGGGAAGACUUGUUGGAUGGAAUCUGGCUAGUGCGGGUACCGCACACUGUGGCCAUUCAACGACUGGUACAAUACCGAAACUUUUCCGAGGAAGACGCCCAAAAACGGAUUGAAGCACAGCAGACACGACGGGGGAUUGGGAAUGCAGACGAAGAGGUCGAAAAGGGCGUUGUCACGGCAAUCAUUGAAAACACGGGUGAGGUAGAGGAGCUCCAGAAAUCGUUGCAAGAGAACCUCCAUAGCGCCAAGAGUUGGAAGUAA